CAUGGCACUGAGAACAUGGGCAACAAACAGACCAUCUUCACAUCUCAACAGCUCGACGCUUAUCAGGACUGCACUUAUUUCACCAGAAAAGAAAUUCUGAGACUGUUUCAUCGGUAUCGAGAUUUAGCUCCUCAACUUGUACCGCUGGAUUACACCGAGCAGCCGGACGUCCGUCUGCCGUACGAGCUGAUUGGCAGCAUGCCCGAGCUGAAGGAUAACCCGUUUCGUCAGAGGAUCGCUGAGGUCUUCUCAGAAGAUGGAGAAGGAAACAUGACUCUGGAUGAUUUUCUAGACAUGUUUUCAGUUCUAAGUGAGAUGGCACCACGGGACCUGAAGGCCUACUAUGCAUUUAAGAUAUACGACUUCAACGACGACGACUUCCUCUGUAAAUCAGAUCUGGAGAAGACUCUGAAUAAACUGACUCGCAACGAGCUGACAGAGGAUGAGGUGAGAAUGGUGUGCGAGAAGGUCAUCGAUGAGGCCGAUCUGGAUAAUGACGGACGUUUGUCACUGGAGGAUUUUCAGAAUAUGAUCACGAGAGCUCCAGACUUCCUCAGCACCUUUCAUAUCAGGAUAUAAAGAUUUUCCAUGACGUUCUGGGAUUGACCAACAGGAUUGUUUUUACAGGGGAUGUAACUACGCGGGAUGCUCAACAAAAGGCCACUAAAAAAGAUGAUGCAACGAUAAAAUUCAC